AUGGAUUUCGGGUGGGGUGAGCCGGUGAAUAUUGUCCCGGUGGUCCCACCAGAGAUAGCUAAAAUUGUUAGUAUGUUCAUGCCAGCGUCGAGGUUAGAACGUGUCCAAGUCAUGAUUACGUUGCCAAGAGCUGCAAUGUUUAAGUUUCAAGAAGAGAUGAAUGCUCUUAAUUAA